GAGGUUCUGGCGGGUAUUCGAGGUAGGAAGGUUCGGGCUGUGAUUGAUUCUCUCAAGAGAGUUCAGGAGCUUGGUGGCGUCUCCUCCUUAUCCUCCCAUUUUGAUGGACAUGCCAUGGAUCUCUUCUCUAAGGAGUGUCGCCGCUUGGUCAAAUCCGGUCAACUUGAGGAAGCUGUUCAAUUCAUGGAGGUUCUCGCACGAUCAGUCGUAUCCAAAAGAUGUAACGGAAGCAGCUUAAGAUGAUGAUGGACAAUCCAAAAUCUAACAACGAUAACACCCUUCAAUGGAGGAUACCUUGAGAAACUAGAGGAAACAAAACAAAAAAAAGGAGAAAGCAAUUAAAGGGGAUGUUUAAUAUUUACUUUUUUAUAAACACAGCAUUUAUCUAGUAAUUGAUUAAAUUUUCUCUAUAUGGAUAGACAACCUUACUGGUUUGGUAAUGUUCUUAUUCCCAUGUUCAUGUUUCCAUGUGUUUAUAGAACACAUUGUUAAUAAAAUUUUGACCGAGUUCUAUAGAUACAAGAACAAGUCAUUAAGAAAUUCACACAUGAAUUUUUAUCCUUCAGAUUUCCAGUUGUCAGUCAGAGAACUUGUUCAGCCGUUGGACAUAAUAAAACAGUGUGUUUGUAAUCAAGAUCCAGAUUUAGCUGUGAGGUAUGCAUGUCUUCUUCCACAUGCACAUAUACUAUUCUGCAACAUUAUAAGUGAAUUUGGAAAAAGAAGGGAUUUAGUUUCUGCUUUGAAAGCAUAUGAAGCAGUGAAGAAAAACUUGGAUAACCCCAAUAUGUAUAUAUACCGGGCAAUAAUUGACGCUUGUGGCCUUUGUGGUGAUUUCAUGAAAUCUAGGUACAUAUAUGAGGACUUACUCAAUCAGAAGAUUACUCCAAAUAUAUAUGUGUUCAACAGUCUCAUGAAUGUGAAUACCCAUGAUCUUAGCUACACCUUAAAUCUGUAUCAGAAUAUGCAGAAUCUUGGUCUGAAGCCAGACAUGACAUCUUAUAAUAUCCUACUCAAAGCAUGCUGUGUUGCUGGAAGAGUUGAUCUGGCCCAAGACAUUUACAGGGAACUUAAGCAAUUGGAAUCAGCAGGAUGGCUGAAAUUAGAUGUUUUCACCUACAGCACGAUUAUAAAGGUCUUUGCAGAUGCAAAAUUGUGGCAAAUGGCUCUAAAAAUCAAGCAGGAUAUGCUCUCCGCCGGUGUUUCUCUUAAUACUGUUGCGUGGUCGUCAUUAAUCAAUGCCUGCGCACAUGCAGGGCUUGUAGAGCAGGCAAUUCAAUUGUUCGAAGAAAUGCUUUUGGCCAACUGCGAGCCUAAUACGCAAUGCUUUAACAUCAUUUUACAUGCAUGUGUUGAAGCAUGUCAGUAUGACAGAGCUUUUCGCUUGUUCUAUUCUUGGAAGGGAAAUAAGAUGUUGGGGUCCUUUGGUGAAGGGAACAAUAGCAAGUUAGAGCAUGGGGACACGCAGACUGCUAUUACCGCGCCAAACAGCAUUUCUAGGCCGCAUAUCUUGAGUUUUGCUGAGAGAUUCCCUUUCACACCAACUAUAGCAACAUAUAAUAUUUUGCUGAAGGCUUGUGGUACUGAUUACUACCAUGCUAAAGCAUUAAUCACUGAGAUGAAAAAAGUAGGUCUUUCCCCAAAUUAUAUAAGCUGGUCCAUUUUGAUAGAUAUAUGUGGCGGAUCAGAUAACGUGGGAGGUGCCAUCGAGAUUCUGAAGAUCAUGUUUGAUGCUGGAAUUAAACCUGAUGUUGUUGCAUAUACUACAGCCAUAAAGGUCUGUGUAGAAAGUAAGAAUUUUAAGCAAGGAUUGAUGCUAUAUGAAGAAAUGAAAACAUAUGAGAUACAUCCAAAUUGGGUGACAUAUAACACACUACUAAGGGCACGCAACAGAUACGGAUCCCUACUUGAGGUGCAACAAUGCUUGACCAUAUACCAGGAUAUGCGAAAAGCAGGGUACAAACCCAAUGAUUACUAUCUGGAAGAACUUAUUGAGGAGUGGUGUGAAGGAGUGAUACAAGAUAACAGCAAGAUCCAAAGAGAAUUUUCUUCCAGCAAUUUCUCUGAAUUAGAGAGACCCCCGAGUUUACUUCUUGAAAAGAUUGCGGCACACCUGUUAAAGAGGGUAGCUGACAUCCUAGCUAUUGAUGUUCAAGGACUCACAAAGGUUGAAGCUCGCUUGGUUAUUCUUGCAGUUCUUAGAAUGAUCAAAGAAAACUAUAGUUCAGGACAUUCUGUGAAUGAUGACAUUUUGAUCAUCAUAGGAGCUACAAAGGCAGAUGAAACUCCAUCCCAGCACAUAUUAGAAGUGCAAGAGGCAAUCAUAAAACUUCUUCAGAAUGAAUUGGGCCUUGAAAUUUUUCCAGCUAAAACCAGGUUUGCACUAAGUGACACAUCAAAGUUAGAAAUCCCUAACCUUACAAAUCUCAGCAUAGAAGCACUACCAGGAGAGAAGGCAUUAACCACAACAAGAAGGCCUGCAGUUCUACAUAGGUUGAAGGUCACCAAGAAAUCUUUGUAUGGUUGGUUGCAUAGGAAACUAAGCAUUAAAUAGUAUUUGAAUUUUGUACAAAUAUGUGUCUUAUUUCCCCUCACUGCAACUUUUGAUCUUUGUAUAUAGCAUCUGGACUUAUGAAUAUAUAUGCAUGUAUCAAUGGCAAAUGUAUAAUUUCAUUAAUUUGUAAAACAAUGUAUGAUACGUAGUGUCAUGGAAUAGAACUAUAAUUAUCUCUU